AUGGCUCUCGCAUUUACGGUUUUGGCUGGCUACUUUACUGGAUGGCUCGAACUUGUCUGUCUCGUCGCGAAUGGUCUUGUCAAUCUGCCGGCAGACUUAGGUCUCGCGAACGGAUUCCUAGGUUCCGUCAAGAACACGGCCGGUACAGUGUCUAUUAGUAUCUACGUAGCCAUCCUGGAACAGCGCCUCGCUGCCAACAUCCCUAGCAAGGUCACGUCAGCCGCUCUGCACGCCGGACUACCCGAGAGCUCGGUGCCACUGGUCUUCGAGGCCAUCACCAACGGGACAUCUGCCGCUAUGGACGCAGUACCUGGGAUCAACCCCUCAAUCGAAGUAGCCGUUGCCAAUGCGGUCAAAUCAGCCUACUCAGCGAGCUUCAACACGGUCUAUCUAGUCUCGAUUGCGUUCGGUGCCCUCGCAGUAAUCGCCUCUCUAUUUACUAGCAACAUUGACCAAUUCAUGACCAACUACGUGAGUCGACGGAUCAGGGGCACUGUGGCAACCGAGAUCCCGAUGGGCAAGCAUGAGCAUGCAGAUGAUGAGGUGUAA